AUUAGGUUGCUGCUACCAAGACCUUCCCUCUCGUCUUCCUUCCAUAGAUCUCCACUCGGUAUCCAUGCGCGUUGUAUCUCCUUCUUCGGUUCUUCCUCCGCGUCAUCGUCGUCGUCGUCUUCUUCUUCCUCACAACUUAUAUAAGCUCGAUAUGGACACCAGCUGAUCAAAACCACGAUUAAUCAACUGAUCAACAAUCAACAAGCUCGUCGUACACAUAUACCUGAAUUUCGUUCCAAAAUGGCUCGACCCACCCACCCCAUGGCGAUGCGGCUGCUGAAGAACAUCGGCCGGCGAGCUCCAGCAUCCAUGGCUUGUGUAAGCUCGGCCUUCUCCCCCGGUGGCUGCGGCGUGCAGGUCUUGCCGGCGACGACGGCGGCGGGCGUGGCGUUCUCCGAGACCAAUAAGGGUUACUCUGAACUGAAGCAGAUGUACCAAGCUUUUUGUUUCAAUCAUCCUGGGCUCUAUGACAGUGAUACUGGUUGUGAUGAAUAUGUGAAGAGAAUGCGAGCAAUCGUCGAGUUAGUUUGUCGUCUUGAAAAAGAAGGCCAGGACUGGACAUCUUGCACCAUUGAAUGGGACAGCGAGAGGGACUUGCCGAUUGUCCCGCAAUGGACACCGUCAUCCCGAACCCGAACCAUGACAGUCGGUGAUCGCCAUGCCCUGCUCGCCGCCGCCAUUGUCGUCGCCGGCGCCGCCACCCUCGUCGCCGGCGCCGCUGUUGUUUCCCGUCAAAAAUGAACAAUUUUCACCUACGUACUUCUGUGAGUAAAAAUGACAUGGAUGAUGUAUUCAUUGAUCAGUGUGUAUUUAACUCUGUACUUGUAUUUGUAUCACCAAAGAAUUAAUUAUUAGCGGUUCUUUUAUCUGUUUGUUAAGGGUGAAUUUGUUGCACCUGUUGCCUACAUGAUUAACAUGAAUUUGUUACUGAUGUAGCGUUUCAUGGUACCUGUAUAGUUUUCAGCAUUGCUUUGCUUUGCUGCAUUAGUCAUUCAGGGGAAGAAGAAUAACUGAACAUAUUAGAUGGACUUAAGAGUUAUUGUUCAUGAACCCAAAACAGUUCAGAUGAUAGUCCUGACACUAUAUAGAACUGAACUGAAUAACUGAAGAGCACAAGAAAUGAAUGCAAAACUCGAUUCUUAUUUCAGAGUCCAUGAGGGAGUUGCAGAUUUGCUCAUUUGAAUAAACAUGUAUACUACUAGAUUGCAGGGUUGACAGAGUCAUCAGUAUUUUCCCCUCCUGAUGGUGUCAACUGGCUUGGUAAAUUCAUUAAUUAGGACUAAAUGCGGAAAUGGGCCAUAGGCUGUCAGGACUCAGGAAUGAGGAGAGACAGAGAGUGAGACCUGCAGGCUUACAGAGUUUCAGACCGCCACGUUCAUCACAUGUUAGGACCAGCAGGAGCAACCCUGAAGAGGUACAGUAUGCGGGAGAUGACGGCAACACGGUGGAUGGGGAACAGGACGGAGGCGGUCGUCAAGAUGGCGUCUUCGUCAAGGAAAAGCGUAAUCGUCGAGUGAACAUGAAGUAUAAGGGGUCCGAGUGGGCCGUCUAAGCUUUGUGGGUUAUCGGCCCAAAUUCAUGUAACGAGAGAGAGAGAGAGAGAGAGAGAGAGAGAGAGAGAGAAGUAACUAAGAACUAUAUGUAAGCUGGCAACAGCUAGAAGGAAGGUUGGCUUGGAACUCGGCAAGGUGGCGAUGGCGGCGGCGGCUCCGCUCGGUUGAGCGUGAGAUAAUCUAUCAAUCUAGUUCGAGUUCCACAUUUCUGUGUUCUUGUUGCGAGAGGCUGUUCUGUUGAUAAGGGUUCUAACAAAAUCUGGUAUUAGAGCUUUGCGACCUUAAUCUCUUGAUUCGACCGUAGAAUCACCGAUCGGGGAUUGAGACUCACCUCCUGGGGUGGUGUCUCGCGAAAAGGCAACUUGCCUCGAUUGGGUUGGUCGAGUUUGGAGCGGUCGCGGGAUCUGGACGCCAGAAAACCACGCUGAGAAAUUUGGGGAAGGUCAACCAUGGUGCACGAAACAAAGUUGGAUCUCUUGUUGAAGAAGAUGGAGGAGAACGAGCGGAAGAGAGCGGAAGCAGAGGAGCGGACUCGUGCAGAUCUAGCGGAGCUCAAGAAGGUGGUUGAGGCGAGGUUGCCGCUAGUGGAGAAGCGUGUGGAGGAAGUCGCUUCGGUGGUCGGAUCCUUGAGUACGAAGGUCGAAAACAUGGAGGGUACUCUGCUGAAACAGGGAAGAAUGGAGAAGAAACCAGCUGAUGUGAAGGAAGAGCAAUUCACGCCCCAAUCGUCGUUCCAGAUUCAAGGUAUGCGAGAUCCCACUUUGAAUUCUGCGAAUAAUUUCAAUUUUGAGCCAAUUGCUUCACCGGGGUCGGGUAGUGCAAGGACAAAUUUGGGAAGCAGCUUGUCACCGAUGACGUGCCCGCAGUUCAAUGGAGAUAACCCCCAGAUGUGGAGAGCUAAUUGUGAAGUUUAUUUUGAUGUUUAUGGAAUUCCGCCUAGCAAUUGGGUUAAGAUUGCAACUCUGAAUUUUGUGGGAAACGCUGCCUUCUGGUUACAAUCAGUGAGGAAUCAGCUGAUAGGGGUGACGUGGUAUGACUUAUGUGAAAGGGUGUGUGCCAGAUUUACUCGAGAUCGACAACAAGCAUUGAUUAGGCAAUGGUUGAGGGUUCAGCAGACUACUUCUGUUGCAGAGUAUGUUGAGAAGUUUGAUAGCAUCAUGCAUCAACUGAAUGCUUAUGAAAAUUCUGCUCCCAUUGAAUAUUUUGUUACAAAAUUCAUUGAUGGCUUAAAGGAAGAGGUUCGAUCAGUUAUCUUGGUUCAGAGGCCCCAAGACCUUGAUACUGCUUGUUCCUUAGCUAUGCUGCAAGAAGAGGCUCUGGAAGGACUGAAGGCUGGAAGUUACAAGAAGUCAGAACAGAUGGGAAAUUAUAUCAAGUCAGUACCGAGGUCUGCAUCACAGACAACUUUGUUCUCUCCUUCUCCACAGAAGGUCAACUCAUCAGCGGCCCUAGAGGCCACUAGAGCUAAGGAAGACAAGGUUGCAUCACUUAAGGCAUAUAGAAAGUCUAAGGGUCUUUGUUUUAUAUGUGGGGAACGGUGGGGGAGAGAUCAUAAGUGUGCUAAUGCAGUACAACUACAUGUAGUACAAGAGCUUAUGGAAGCUAUGAACAUUGAUAAUGAAGCAAGUCCUGAAGUGGAAACACCUGUUGAGGAAGAAGUGAGUCUGCUUGCUAUUUCUCAACAAGCCCUGAAUGGUACUGAAUCAAGCAAGUCCAUACGACUAAGGGGAUGGAUUCAGGGUACAUAAUUGCUAAUGCUGGUGGAUUCCGGAAGUACUCAUUCCUUCAUAGAUGAGCAAAUUGGCAGAAAACUAUCUAGAGUGGAGAUACUGAAACAACCUUUGAAGGUACAAAUAGCUGAUGGAGGACAGAUAGUGUGCAAUCCAGUAAUUCCUGGUUGCACAUGGUGGAUGCAGGGGCAUAGUUUCAGAAAUGAUUUCACACUUAUAACCUUGGGCAAUUAUGAUAUAAUAUUGGGUAUGGAUUGUCUUGUGCAGCACAGCCCAAUGCAAAUAGAUUGGAGUUAGAAGUGGCUAGAGUUUCAGUACAAUAGUCAACUCAUUAGAUUGCUGGGUAUAUCUUCUCAACCUAAGCAAUGUUUUGAGAUAACUGGGGAGCAAUUAAUGGGUAUGGCAAAGUUGGGUUCCAUCAUGUAUAUGAUUCAAUUGACUGAAGGCAGACCAGAGGAACAUCAGAAUGUACCUGCUCCAGUGCAAAAGAUUUUACAAGAAUUUGCAGGUGUUUUUGCUGAACCUAGGGGCCUGCCCCCUACCAGAUAUUGUGAUCAUAGAAUUCCUUUAAUAGAGGGAGCCCAACCAGUUAACCUGAGGCCUUAUAGAUACAAUCCGGAGCUCAAGGAUGAGAUUGAAAGACAAGUUGCUGAAAUGUUGUCAUCAGGGGUCAUUCAACCUAGCCAGAGUACUUGGUCUUCACCUGCCUUGUUGGUAAGGAAGAAAUAUGGGACUUGGAGACUCUGUGUUGAUUACAGACACUUGAAUGCUUUAACUAUCAAGAGCAAGUACCCAGUUCCAAUAAUAAAGGAACUGUUGGAUGAAUUGUCUGGAGCCAAGUGGUUUUCAAAAUUAGACCUCAGGGCAGGUUACCACCAAAUCAGAAUGGUACCAGGGGAGGAGCACAAAACUGCCUUUCAGACACAUUCUAGUCACUAUGAGUACAGAGUUAUGUCCUUUGGACUAACUGGGGCUCCAGCUACAUUUCAGGGAGUAAUGAACAAAACUCUGGCUUCAGUUUUAAGGAAAUGUGCUUUGGUGUUUUUUGAUGAUAUAUUGGUGUAUAGCCCAGAUCUACAGUCACAUUUGACCCACUUGAAACAGGUCUUGCAACUUCUCAGACAAGAUCAUUGGCAGGUCAAAAUGAGCAAGUGUUCUUUUGCCCAACCUCAAGUGUCUUACUUGGGCCAUAUCAUUGGAGCACAGGGGGUCUCCACUGAACCAAAGAAAAUUCAGGAUGUACUUACAUGGCCGACUCCUAUAUCAGUUAAGAAAUUGAGGGGAUUUUUGGGAUUGGCUGGCUACUAUAGAAAGUUUGUAAAAAACUUUGGUAUCAUCAGCAAACCUUUAACACAGUUGUUAAGGAAGGGAGUGUCUUUUAGGUGGGGAUCUGAAGCUGAAGCUGCCUUCCAACAACUUAAGCAAGCUUUAACCUCUGCUCCUGUACUUGGGUUACCAGAUUUUUCCAAACAGUUCACUGUGGAGACAAACGCCAGUGAUGCUGGUAUUGGAGCAGUGUUGUCACAGGAAGGACACCCAAUAGCAUAUCUCAGCAAGGCCCUGGGGCCAAGGUCCAAGGGACUGUCGACAUAUGAGAAGGAGUGCAUGGCUAUUUUGUUAGCAGUCGACCAUUGGAGGUCUUACUUGCAGCACCAAGAGUUUCUGAUUCUAACUGACUAUCAUAGCCUGGUCCAUUUAGAUGAUCAAAGAUUGCACACUCCCUGGCAGCAGAGGGCUUUUACUAAGCUACUGGGCUUACAGUAUAAAAUCGGUUACAGGAAGGGUAGCAGCAAUGCUGUGGCUGAUGCUCUAUCUCGUAGGGAAGUUGGGGAAGGGGGACAGUUAUCAGCCAUCUCAGUAAGUACCCCUACUUGGUUACAGGAAGUAACAAAAGGAUAUGAGCAGGACCCUCACACAAGCCAGUUGCUAGCUGAAUUAGCCAUCAAUUCUAUUGCCAAGGAACACUAUACAUUGUCGCAUGGGCUCAUUCGUUACAAAGGAAGGAUUUGGAUAGGCAACAAUACAGACCUACAGAACAAGUUAAUUGCUGAACUUCAUCACAAUCCCAUUGGGGGGCACUCGGGUUUUCCUGUCACAUAUAGAAGAAUUAAAAGAUUGUUUGCUUGGCCUGGAAUGAAAAAGCAAGUUAAAUGUCAGCUUCAACAUUGCCAGGUUUGCAUUCAAGCCAAACCAGAAAGAGUCAAAUAUCCAGGGUUACUUCAACCCUUGCCGGUACCAGAAGGAGCAUGGCAGACGAUUACCAUGGAUUUCCUUGAGGGUCUUCCAAAGUCUGAAAGGUACAAUUGCAUUUUGGUAGUGGUGGAUAAAUUUUCAAAAUAUGCACAUUUUGUUCCCCUGACACACCCAUUCACUGCUGAGACAGUAGCCACUGCUUUCAUGAAAAAUAUCUAUAAGUUGCAUGGUAUGCCUAGAGUGAUUGUAUCUGAUAGGGACAAAAUUUUUACUAGCCAAUUCUGGGAGUAUUUGUUCACUAAGUCUGGUACUGAGUUACACAUGAGUUCAGCCUACCACCCCCAAUCUGAUGGGCAGACUGAACGAGUUAAUCAGUGUGUGGAGCUGUUCUUGAGAUGUUUUGUUCAUGCCACUCCUACUAAGUGGGCAGCAUGGUUGCAUUUGGCAGAAUUUUGGUACAACAAUGCUUAUCACUCAGCUGUGAAACAAACCCCCUUUGAAGUCAUUUAUGGCCAUCAACCAGCUCAUUUUGGUAUUACCAUGGAAGAUUGUGCAGUACCUGAUUUACAGGAAUGGCUGAGGGACAGAAAAUUUAUGCAUCAGCUUAUACAGCAGCAUCUGCAUCGUGCUCAGCAACAGAUGAAGGCUUAUGCUGAUAAAAAUAGAAGCUUCCGGGAGUUUCAGCCGGGUGACUGGGUUUACUUGAAGAUUCAGCCUUAUGUUCAAACAUCAGUGGCUAGAAGAGCCAACCAUAAGCUAUCUUUCAAGUAUUUUGGUCCUUUUGAGAUUCAGCAUAAAGUGGGUCAAGUGGCAUACAAGCUGGUUCUUCCCAAUACCUGUUUAAUCCAUCCUGUGGUCCAUGUAUCUCAACUUAAGGCUGCCAAGGGUUUCCAACCUGCUCUACAGCAUAGCUUGCCAUCUUCUUUGGGGUCCUUGGAAAUUCCUGUGCAGUUCUUGGAUCAGCGAGUGGCUAAAAAAGGUAACGCUGUUGUAACUCAAUUGCUCACACACUGGUCAGGUACUGCAGCUGCUGAUGCGACUUGGGAGGACCAAGAAGAUCUGAAGGCUCGCUAGCUCAUUUUCCAUUCGCACCGGCUUGGGGGCAAGCCGGCUCUCAAGGAAGGGAGGAUGUUAGGACCAGCAGGAGCAACCCUGAAGAGGUACAGUACGCGGGAGAUGACGGCAACACGGUGGAUGGGGAACAGGACGGAGGCGGUCGUCAAGAUGGCGUCUUCGUCAAGGAAAAGCGUAAUCGUCGAGUGAACAUGAAGUAUAAGGGGUCCGAGUGGGCCGUCUAAGCUUUGUGGGUUAUCGGCCCAAAUUCAUGUAACGAGAGAGAGAGAGAGAGAGAGAGAGAGAGAGAGAGAGAGAGAGAAGUAACUAAGAACUAUAUGUAAGCUGGCAACAGCUAGAAGGAAGGUUGGCUUGGAACUCGGCAAGGUGGCGAUGGCGGCGGCGGCUCCGCUCGGUUGAGCGUGAGAUAAUCUAUCAAUCUAGUUCGAGUUCCACAUUUCUGUGUUCUUGUUGCGAGAGGCUGUUCUGUUGAUAAGGGUUCUAACA